AUGACUUCGUCUACCUAUACCUUGAAUGAUGAUAUAGUGAUCAGUCAACGUCAAAUUGAUCACUGGAAUAAGCAGCUGUCUGCAUUGAAGACACCAGAGGACAUUCUCCAAUGGUCCAUCGUUACGUUUCCCAACUUGUUUCAAACUACUGCAUUUGGUUUGACAGGAGUUGCAACAAUCCAUAUGUUAUCUACAUUUGAGAAUCAUCCUGACAUCCCACUGAUAUUUAUAGAUACAUUACAUCAUUUCCCUCAGACUAUCGAUCUAUUACACACGAUUGAAGAUAAGUAUUACAAACCAUACGAUCGAAAAGUAAACGUAUAUAAACCCCAAGAUUGUGAAGAUGAAGCCCAAUUUGCCGAGAAGUAUGGUGAGCUAUUAUGGGAGAAAGAUGAAGAUAAAUAUGAUUUUUUAGUUAAGGUAGAACCUGUCAGUAGAGCAUAUUCGGAGUUAAACUGUGUUGCUGUCCUUACAGGAAGAAGGAAAUCACAGGGCGCCUCGAGAUCGAAUUUGAAGUUUGUGGAAGUUGACGAGUUGAAUGGAAUUAUCAAGAUCAACCCGUUAAUGAAUUGGACGUUCGACAAAGUAGAAGAAUAUAUCAAGGAACAUAAUGUUCCUUGCAACGAGCUUUUGCAACUGGGGUACAAAUCUAUUGGUGACUAUCACUCUACACAACCUGUGGCAUCGGGUGAAGAUGAGAGGAGUGGCAGAUGGAAGGGUAAGGCCAAAACGGAGUGUGGAAUCCACGAAACAAGUCGGUUUGCCAAAUUCCUAGAGGAAUCAAGCAAAACGCAAUCUCAUUAA